AUGUCACUCUUUAGCUAUCUAGAAAGUCCGAAUGCAAACCUGAUUUGUUGCAUAUGUCGUGCACCGUUCACGGAUCCCACAACCACCCGCACCUGCGCACACACUUUCUGUCGCGAAUGCAUCAUCCAUUCCCUAAAUCACUCGCCCCAAUGUCCUGUGGAUCGUUCUCCACUCAGUCUAUCCGAUCUGGGGCCAGCCAAUCCCAUAAUUAGAUCACUGGUGGAUGAGCUCCUUGUGGCAUGCGUACAUCGCAUAGAGGGAUGCACGUAUACUAGCCAGAGACAGCUCCUUGCAACUCAUUUAAAGGACGAAUGCUCGCACAGCCAGGUGGUAUGCACGCACAAGGACUGCGAGGAGAUGCUGAAGAGGUCCGAAUUACCAAGGCAUAUCCAAGAGACGCAUCAGAAUGCAUCCGAGGAAGAGGAAACUUCACCAACUACUCAGAAAUCGACUCCUGACAACGAUGAUAAAACGUCGAACGAAUGCCCACAUUCCAUUUACGGAUGUCCUUACGAUGGGCCAUUGGCAUCCACAGACCAUCUUCUUACAUGUCCUUAUGAAACUAUCAAAGACUUUUUCCCCGCCAACACUGCACGUUUAUCGCUUCUUACAGAACAGAAUCUCUUGAUGCGACAUCGCAUGGAAAGCUUGGAAGGAACGGUGCAAAGUCUGAGACGGGAUAUGGCUGCGGUGAGACAUGCGAUGGGGCCAUGGUUCCGCUUGGACAGCCCCAGCGAACCGCCUCUGCAAAAUCAAUUUGCCAGCUCCUCGUCGUCCUCUGCGAGGGCGGUGGGGCACGGCGAGGGGUUUACUGAACGGCUUGAGGCACGUGAAUACGCCUCUUCGAUUGAUCCAUUGGCAUUUUAUUUCCCGGAAGCGAGUCAGGUCAGAAGGAGUGGGCACCGUGCUAGCACUAGCGUUGGCGGGGUAAACGGACAUGUUGGAUUGCCAGGACCAACAAUUGGGCACCAAGUGGGAUUCCAAAUGGCAGGGCCAGGAUCAGAACAAUUUGGGCAUCCACCUGGCUUGCGGACAACGGCCGUGGCACCUCUUGAUCUUGGAACGACAUUGGAAGGGACGUUGAAAGGCCUACGCGAGAGUGUUGUAAAUGUUGCAGCGGGAAUGGACUCGCUGGGUCGACGAAGCGAGAUCGCACUUACAAACGAAUCGCUGCGAUUGGGAGAAGAGGUGGUGUCGUUGCGAGGGAAUGUGCAUGGAUUGAGAAUGCAAGUACAUGCGAUGAUGAUGGAUAGAAAUGCACAGUUUACUGGACGAGGAAGUGGGGGAGACAACAACGAGGACGGAUUAGGGUGGAUGAUACCGCCUCCUGGGCAAAGAAUGUACGCUGGAUCGAUUACGAAAUUGUAA